GGCGAAUUCGGCCUCCUUUCGAUUUCCAUAUCUGACAUCCAUGGCCUCCGUGGUCUCCGUCCUGAUAUCUUUGCUCGAGCGACUCCGGGCCUUCCCUCGUCAGAAUUGGCGGACAGAAUCCGGUAGAUGGUGAGCCCGGCGUUCCAUUUCUUAUCUCUCUUGGGUCUUGAGGCUUGAAUUUUUCUUUCUUUUUUUCCCUUUCUUUUCUUUUUCCCCUUAUUCGAUUGCUUCUCUGCAGGUCUUUCCAGCCUAGGCCGGUUUGCCCCCUCAGUACCGGUAUUCCUCCACUUCUCACCUCCUACGCCCUCCCGCCAUUGAUUUGUCGGUUUCUUCCGCUCGCUCCUUUUUCCUUCGCGGACCGGCUUGCUCUCCUCUUCUGUUCAUUUUUUCCACAGCUCUUGCUGCCCUUUUUCCUUCUCAGUAGAAACCCGCUCACCCAUCAUCAUUAAGGCAGGACCCGGUGCUUAGAGCUUUAUUCCUCGUUUACGCAUAGCGUGUUUGACCCCGCCACGUCUUUGAAACAAUCGGAUUCCUAAACCCAGAUCUGUGAUUCAACCUCUCCCGUAGGGCACACACCCGAAUUCCGGGCAAACCCGCUGCUAGCUGAAAGGGAGUGCCGGUACCGGCAAUAUAACUGGGCGAGUGGGCUGAACUUCCCCGCCUGGAGUCCCGCGGAACUCGGGAACCCGGAAAAAAAAAAUAGAGACUUUGGAAAUGCGAUAUCCGAUGUAAUCAUGUUCAACGUGCAGACAUCUCAAGCUACCUCGCCUUCUACCACCGCGACUUCUGCUCCGGAGGGAUCCAAUGGUUCGAAAGAAAAGAAGCGCUCUCGGUCAGGUAAGUUUGGAUCUACUCUGUCAUAUCGUCAUUUGAACCGCCCCGCUUCCAACCUUGGCUCUAUUGAUGCGUCUUUUCGAUGUAAGGCUUAACACUUGGUUUGCAUUUGCUAACUGCCUGUCUUUGGGAUAUGCGAUAGGCUGUAUCGUGUGUAAAGUCCGUAAGGUACCGUAUAGCUAUUCGAUUCUUUCUAAUCGGGAAUGGUCAGGGUUAACCACGAUGUCUGGCUCUGCGGUUUAUUAGGUCAAAUGCGAUGAGCGUCCCGGAGCUUGCAAUAAUUGCCAAAAGCUGGACAUCGAUUGCCCUGGCUAUUCGCCCGUCGGUUCUUCAGAGGCUCCCGAGGAAACGGUGAGCGCUAUAUUCGCACGAGCAGGGCGGAAGCGGCGACGAAUGGUUGGCUCGUGUGUUGAUUGCAGAGCAUCGAAGAGCAAAUGUUCGAGUGAUAGGCCAACAUGUGAGCGCUGUGCCAAGAGGGGGAUUACCUGCGAAUACGAUGAGACUUUGCGAGGUCUCACAAGAAGCCAGAGCCCUAAGAGUCGGCGGGGGAAGAAAAAAGCUCCUAUGUCCGCUGGCGAUUUAGGUGGUGGGGAACCGAAAUAUGAGAGUUGGGCAAGUACGGUUCUGGAGAGGAGGGCUUCGAGAGAUGGGAGCGAAGAAUGGAAGAGCGGGACUGAAUUAAGUGGAACGGAUUGGUGAGAAUGCUGUUUGGUGGCUCGGUGGGGAUUGGUUUUUUUUUUUUUUACUAAAGUCCGUAUUUUUUCGCAGGUUAUUUUCACCUAACUUGCCCAAGUCCUCUGCACAAUUAAACCUGUUGAUCGAAACUUACUUUAAUGACGUUCAUCCCUGCCGAUCCCUGAGCUUUCUUCACAAGCCGACAUUCAUGCGCGCUCUCCAGGAGGGGACUGUUGAAAAAACAUAUGAAGCACCUUUAGUACUAGCGAUGUGUGCGUUAGCGGCACAGUGGGUGGUUUCUUUUGCUCUCAUCUCCCCCCAAACAAAUUUUAAUUAAUUAUUCCAUAGCAUAAUUUAUUGGGACGAAGUACUGGAAGGACGCUCGCUUGUUACCCCUGAUGCCGGGAAUUCGGGUGACCAGCAAUCCCUGAGCUCAAUGCCGGGCGAUCAAUGGGCCAAGAAAGCGCAACAUAUAAUGGUCACAAAUUUUGCGGAAAUUAGCCCAGGGAGAUUGAUGGUAUGUGGAAAUUUUCGAGAAUCACUCCCCACAGGAAAUGAGGGCGUAGCGGAGGCUUAAUAGCAAAGCAGGCCUUAGUACUCUUGUGCGAACAUCAUUCCCGAACUCAGCAAUCCCGUGAAUGUUUCAUGCUCUCUGCAUUUCUGAUACGUGCAGCCCAGGCCCUGAAUCUGGAUACGGGCCAAGAAGAUACUCCAAAGACACAGGAUCCUGAUGCAAUCACGGAAUGUGAGACAAGAAGGCGACUUAUGUGGUCUUGCUAUAUAAUAGAUCUUCUCUUGUGCUCUGGAGUUAAGCGGUUAAUGCUGUGGGACCCGGAGAACAUCAAGGUGCAGUUGCCAUGCCAGGAAAGAAACUAUACUUUGCAGAUACCCUGCGAGACCGAGCCCUUGUACCCUAUACGCACGGGUUCACCGAGAGGUUCGGAUAACCUGGGCAUAGAAGCCUAUUAUAUCAGGCUUUUCCACAUUAGAGGAAAGGUUCUUGAGUGAGUAUUCUUCCUCUGCUCGAUCGAGGUUUGGCUAAGCAUUGGGUAAAGGCAAAUACGUAACCCAAACCCCUAUGGGCCGCCUUGGUCUACCGGCUCGCCCUUCCAAAACCUGACCGAUGAAUUGGUUGACUGGGAGAAUACGCUUCCUGAUAGUCUGCUUUUCAAUAACUCUAAUGUAUAUGUCCGUCGUGAGUGUCGGCAGCUUGGCGCAUUCUUUGGUCUCCAUCUUGUAUACCAUCAAGUCUUCUGCGAUCUCUAUCGUAUAUCUCUUCCAGGCUAUCCCUUCCCCGCCGCAACGACCUUUAGUGGCGCCCCAGACGGAUUCGUGGCGCAGUGCCAGAGCGCAUGCAAUGUUCAUGCGGCACGCAUUUCAGAGAUAUUUGAAAUGAGCUUCACGCAUGGAUGGAAGGCCUUGGUCGAACCGCUCUGUAAUAUAAUUGCAUUCGAGAGCUCAAAGCACCAAAUUGUGUAUUUCACAGCGUGCAGCUCACCUGGACCGGAAAGGCGAAAGCUAUGGGAUGCCCUGGCGUGUAAUUUGGCGGUAAAUAUUAAAGCUUUGAACGACAUAAAAGGUUAUUCAAGGGCUGCGGAGGAAUGCGUGGGUUUUAUCCUGCUCUUUCUGGGAGAGUGAUGCUGACCCAACGAUAUAGGUGUUGUCAAUACAAGGGCUCCUGGAAAGAUUAAAUAUGUCCAGCAUUUUGGCCCCUUUGCCUGGGUAUAGCGAGAAGUGCGGGUAGGUUUGCUUUAUUCUCUAGCGAGAGCUGCUAUUGCUGAUAAGUAAUGGCGAAUACAGCGCACGGCCAAGUGAGAUUGUGUAUGGCGAUAUACAUAACUUGCACCAGUUUGCCACUUUCCGUCUUGUUCGUGAGGGUCUCGCUAAACCUGGCUCUUCCUCCAAUCGGGAACCCCCCACACCUCUGCGGCCUGGGGAACAUACCCUGUCAAAUGUCCGCGCAGUCGACACUCCACAAGUUGUCACCACACAUUCUCCGGAUUCGCAUCAAAUCCUCCCCCCUUCAUUCCCCCCUCCUAUGAUUAAUAAUGAACAAAUGGGGUUGGAUUCGCUUGGCCAGCCGCCGGAACAGCAAUAUCAGGAUAUUCAGGCGGACUAUGAGGCAAUAUGGGCGGAGAUAGACUUUAGGGUUGCUAGUGACAGUGGCCAGAUGUUUGCAUGGGACCCGUAUUUUAUGAACGGCGGCGGCCUCGAUGGCGCUAGUGGGUCUGUGGGUGGAGGCUGGACAUGAUUGUUGUUGCAAGACCGAAUCACCUGAGCCGAAGAUGUUUUUAUUUCAUUUACUUUUUGGUUCAGCUGCCUUACUAGGGAUCGUCACAUGUCUUGUAGUAGCAACGUCCAUAGGCUCGAUUGGCUCCACGUUCAAUAAAGGAGCGGCACACAUCCCUUUAUAUAUAUA